AUGUUUGGUGUGGAGCGAAUCGAGAUUGUCCUCCACAUUCUCCGGGAUUUUUCCUCUGGUGGAGACUGUUUCUGGUCCCGCGGAAGUCCUCCUUCACGAGUUCCGGUUGGUGAUCAGUCUACUUCUCUGACUGUUGGUGCAGAGAUGGCUACCUAUUCUGACACGAUGUACAAAAACAGAACCACCAACAUACCUGAGGUUAUCCUACAAGGAUUUAUAGGAAUUCCUGCUGAGUAUUAUGGAUUGUUAGGAACUUUUUUCCUUUUUAUUUAUCUGAUGCUGGCAUCUGGGAACAUUUUCAUCCUUGUAUUUGUGGCAUGUGAAAGAAGUCUUCAGAAGCCAACAUACAUCAUCUUCUGUAAUCUUGCAAUAUCAGAUCUUGGAUUUGGAACUACAACUCUGCCCAGAAUCAUUGCUAAGUACUGGAUGUCUGAUAUCAUGUCAUUCAAUAGUUGUAUCACACAAAUGUAUUUUGUUCAUUAUUUUGGAACUUGCACCUCAUUUCUAAUGGCAUUAAUGGCCCUUGAUCGAUUUGUUGCUAUUCGUAUACCACUGAGAUAUCCAGUGUUGAUUACACACUCUACUAUUGCAAUUCUUUGUUCAGUGCUUUGGAUUGUAAGCCUCUUAAUUUUUGGUACAAUCACUGCACAAGCCCUUAGUGUACCUUACUGUGGCCCAAAUAUUAUACGUCACUGCUACUGCGACUACAUUUCAGUAAUUACCCUAGCAUGUGCAGACAUAUCAUCCUUGUUAGUCACUACUACUUCCAUUGCUAUGACAGUACUGUGGGGUCCUUUAUUUUAUAUCAUAUUCUCUUAUGUGGCCAUCAUUAUUUCAGUCAUGAAAAUCUCAACUAAAGAGGGACGAUAUAAAACUUUUUUAACAUGUACUCCACAGCUGUUAAUCAUCUGUCUGUACUAUCUCCCCAGAAGCUUUUUGUAUGUCUCAUUUGCUAUUGGAUUUCGUUUUGCGACAAACCUCAAUAUUGCAUUGGUAAUGAUGUACAGUCUUUUUCCUGCCCUCAUUAAUCCUCUCAUAUAUUGCUUUAGGACCAAAGAAAUCAAGGACACAUUAAUGAGGAAAUUUAAGCUAAGACAGAUGCCAACUAAAGCUCUAUCAUGCAAAAAGGAAGCCAUAUGUGAACAUCGACCAGAAGCGCUGUCAUGUCCUGUGGGCCAAGGCUUAUUUAAAAUGGACUGUCGAAGGGGAAAAGUGUUCUAUGGGGAGACGAGUCCAAAUUCAACAUCCUUGUUGGAAAUCAUGGACGCUGUGUCCUCUGGGCUAAAGAGGAGGGAGACCUUCCAGCGUGUUAUCAGUGUUCGGUCCAAAAGCCAGCAUUGCUGCUGGUAUUCGGGUGAAUAA